AUGCCAUGGUUGCAGGACUGCACGCUUCUUCUGUUGCUGCAACACUUUGUUUUUGGCCAUGGAGACUUGGACCUUUCUGUCUUUUCAGGACAAGGCGGUGCCCCCCAAUCAGGGUCCAUCGUCCAUCCAGUGAAAACCAACGCUGACGGAGAGUUCCUCUCCCAUUCUCUGUCUCACCACUUCCAGCAUGGACGAGUCAAGCGAGAUCUCAGCUUAUUGGCAUGCGUUUACUACAAGCUCAACUAUACUGGUGGCUCUUUGACCCUCAAUUUGACGGAAAACCAUCAGCUGCUUUCCGACGACUACAUCCUGGAGAGUCGCAAUGGCAGCGCCAGCCAGACAGAGAGCCGGCGGACGCCAUCGGGGACGUCCUGUCACCUUCUUGGCACUGUGGAGGUGUCAGAUGUGAAAGGAACUGCUGCUAUCAGCACAUGUAAUGGACUGAGAGGCUUCUUCUCCCUCCCUGAGGGACACUUUUUCAUCGAGCCACUCCCAAAAUCUGCAAGCAAUCCCGCAGGUUCCCCAGAGCCGCACAUCAUCUCGCAGAGAGUUACCACGGUAACGCACAGGGAAAAACGCAGCGCCAAAGGAAAACAGACACCAAGUCCGUGUGGAGUAUCAGAUGCCGACUCAGUGCAGCAAGAAAGAGAGCGGGAGGAGUGGGAGAUGGAUCAGGGUUCAACCCGGUCCCGGCCCCGGCGCUCAGUCAGCAGAGAGCGCUGGGUGGAGACCAUGGUGGUUGCCGAUUCCAAGCUCAUCGAAUACCACGGAAGCGAUAAUGUGGAGUCCUACAUUUUCACCAUCAUGAAUAUGGUGGCCGGCAUCUUCCAUGAUGCCAGCAUUGGGAACGCUAUCCAUGUCCUCCUGGUUCGUCUGAUUCUACUACAGGGGGAAGAGAAAGACCUAAAGAUUGUCCACCAUGCAGACACCACUCUGUCUAGCUUCUGUGCCUGGCAGAAGAAUUUAAAUCCACAGAGUGACACGCACCCCGCCCAUCAUGACCUGGCUGUGUUGGUUACUAGGAAGGACAUCUGCGCUGGAAUGAACCAACCCUGCGAGACCUUGGGCCUGUCUCAUCUUUCUGGCAUGUGUCAACCGCACCGAAGUUGCAACAUUAAUGAGGAUUCAGGUUUACCGGUGGCAUUCACAAUCGCCCACGAGAUGGGUCAUAGCUUUGGAAUCCAUCACGAUGGCCAAGGGAACGACUGCGAGGUUGGAGGGAGGCACCCCUUCAUCAUGUCCAGACAGCUGAUGUACGACAGUUCGCCUCUCACUUGGUCGUCCUGCUCCAAAGACUACAUCACACGCUUCCUUGAUCGCGGUUGGGGUUUCUGUCUGGAUGAUCGGCCUUCCAAAAGAGAUCUGACCACCCCUUUGGCACGCCUCGGUGUUCGUUACACCCCGCACCACCAGUGCCAGCUCCAGUACGGGCCCAACGCCACAUUCUGCCAUGAGGUGGAUAACAUUUGCCAGAUUCUUUGGUGCUCUGUGAAUGGCUCUUGUCGCUCCAAACUGGACUCGCCUAUUGACGGGACUCGCUGUGGACCAGAGAAGUGGUGUAUCUCAGGCGAGUGUGUAAUUGUGGGCAAACUUCCCGAGACGGUCAAUGGAGGCUGGGGACAAUGGACAACAUGGUCUCAUUGCUCCAGGACUUGUGGAACAGGGGUUCAGUCAGCAGAGAGAGAGUGUAAUGACCCCAAGCCAGAGUUCGGGGGGAAGUACUGCACCGGGGAGAGGAAGCGCUAUCGGACAUGUAACACAAGACCCUGCCAGAAGGACAGUCCAACUUUUAGAGAGAUGCUAUGCAGCGAGUUUGAUUCUGUGCCCUACCAUAACGAGCUCUACAAGUGGAUUCCUGUGGCUAACCCCAUGAACCCCUGCGAGCUUCACUGCAGGCCCGACACAGAGUACUUUUCAGAGAAAAUGCUCGACACUGUGACUGAUGGAACCCCGUGCUUCAUGAACAACAACUCCAGAAACAUCUGCGUCAACGGAGUGUGCAAGGAGGUGGGCUGUGAUUAUGGUAUCGACUCAAACGCAGUGGAGGAUCGUUGUGGCGUGUGCUUGGGUGAUGGCACUAGUUGCAAGACAGUCUACAAGUCAUUUGAGAAGGGAGAAGGCUUUGGCUACGUGGAUGUGGGGGUGAUACCUGAGGGGGCCCGGGACAUCCUGGUGAAGGAAACUGAAGAGGCAGGUAAUUUCCUGGCUCUGAGGAGACAAGGAUCAGAAGACUACUUCCUCAACGGCAACUAUAUCAUCCAAUGGAAUGGGGAGUACCAAGCCGGUGGGACCACCUUCUAUUAUGAACGUGAUGGGAACAUGGAGAACCUUACUGCACCUGGACCCACCAAAGAGCCGGUCAUACUCCAGCUGUUGUUUCAGGAAAAGAACCCUGGCCUUAAGUAUGAGUACACUAUUAAGAAAAGCAAAGAGACAGGAAAUGAGGUCAUCAAAUCCGUGUACAAGUGGAAACAUGGCGCAUGGACUGACUGCAGCACCACCUGUGGAUUAGGUGAACAACACCAGCCUGCACGGUGCUUUGAGAUUGAUGUGGGCGUUGUGGAUGAAUCUCUCUGUGACCCAGAGAUGCGUCCAGAAGACAGACAUAGGAAGUGCAAGAACAUGGAUUGCCCUGCCAGAUGGUGGGUCGGAGGCUGGCAACAGUGCACUGCCGCCUGUGGAUCGGAAGGCUUGAGAACGCGCACGGUGCUCUGUGUCCGCACGGUGUUGAGUGAGGAAAGGGUGCUCCAUCCUGUGGAGUGCAAGCAUCUCCUGAAACCCAAACCUGUUGUACCGUGUAACAGGGAUGUACCAUGCGGACAGGACUGGGUUGUUGGAGUUUGGGAAGAAUGUCCAGUGACAUGUGGGGGAGGUGUUCGCUCUCGUACAGUGACAUGUGCAUUAGCACCCCAAAAAACCUGCGACCUCGUUACCAAACCACGCACCCGAUCACUUUGCGCUCUGCAUAGCUGCCCCAGUUCGAGUCUUCAGCGUCGACCUGGGCCUCCUCCUAAAUACCGUCGUGUUUACCCUCCAAAGAGAAACACAACUCAGACUUCCUCUACACCCAGGACUCCCACAAGUACCUCAGCCACAGCUACAACUACCACUACAUAUUCAACCGCUAAAAUCCCUCCCCUGAAUCAUGAAGAUCCUUGUGAAUUAAAAACAGAAACAGAAGAGGGAAUGGACACCGAAGAUGGAAGCACACCCAACGUGGUAAUGAGCGUUCCUGGUUAUGACUACAUCACAGAAGACAGGGCACGAGAAGAGGAGGGGAUCAUUGACCUGGACGUCAGUACUACUUGGUUGAAAAGUCCUCUUAAAUCAACCACAUCAGUGCCGCAAGUAAUCAUCACACCCAGUUUACAAACAAGUGGCUCUGGCUUGCACACAACCAUAGAAGCCACCACAUCCUCCUUUACCACACAUGCUACUGCCAAGAUCAGUCAUCACAGCACUCUUCGCAUCACUCCAUACACCCACAGGAUGCAUGGCAUUCCUCUAACUACUCCCAUGUUGAAGUCACAUUUGGUUCCACCCAAAAGCGGCCUCCACACAACACAAGCUCCCUCAACGAACCUUAGCACUGCAUCAUGGCCCCAGACCACAAUAAAGGUUAUUAAAACGAAAAAGCCUGCUUUGACAACCAAGAAAAAUGUCUCGGCAAAAAAAACCUCCAUCCGGUCCAAAGGUAACCAUUCCAAGAGCCAGAAUAAAUCGGCUCCCCAUCCCGCUCCGGACAAAAAUGAGGCAGUCAACAUGGAUGUGUUCUGGCUUGUAGGAAACUGGAGUGAGUGCUCAACCACAUGUGGAAUUGGAGCAAUAUGGAGGACUGUAACAUGCAGUUCCCAGAAGGAUGAAGACUGUGUCAGUAUCAAGAAACCUGAACCUGCUCGCACCUGUCAUCUUCAGCCAUGUGCCACCUGGCAAAGUGGCAGCUGGAGCAAGUGUCCAGAAAUAUGUGCUGUGGUGGGAAAGAGGUAUCGGGAUAUCCAGUGUGUGGAUACCCAGAAUCAUCGUCCUCUACGUCCCUUCCAUUGUCAGGCAGUGUCCAGCAAACCCGUCAGCACUUUGACCUGCCCUCAAAAGGCUUGCUCGAACUGGAGUGUGUCACCCUGGGGCCCGUGCUCCGGGAGCUGCGGUGAGGGAAUGCGUGAGCGGCUAGUGUACUGUCCGGUGCCUCACGGCUGUAGUUCCACACCGAGGCCAAAUAGCACAGAGUCAUGUGAGCUAAAACCUUGCACCAACUGGAGUACAGAAGAGUGGGAGCAGUGCUCCGCAAGCUGCGGAGGAGGUCAGCAGCAGCGUGAUGUCACCUGCGUCAAUACGGAGGAUUCCGGUGUCAUGCCAGACAGCCUUUGCGAGAACAUCUCCAAACCGGAAAUGCUCAGGAAGUGCAGUACGCAGGAAUGCCAAACCACUACAGGUCCAGUGUGCAGGAAAAAUACAAUGUCCUCUCGCUUCUGCGACAAGCUGAAACUGUUGGGUCGCUGCUCUCUCAGGUCGGUUCAAAGACAGUGUUGUAGCACCUGCAGAUCGUAG